CCCGUCCCUUUCUCUAUCCAGAUCUCUUCAAUCGGUUUAUUUCUCCCCCCUCUCUACAAUCACAAUGCAGUCCUGGAUCUUCAAGUUCGGUGCCCUCGCCGCCCUGGCGCAGACCAUCUCCGCUGCUCAGCUUCACAUCGAGACCACCCACCCUUCCGCCAACAAGUACAAGUCUCACUGCACCGUCAUCGUCGAGGAAGAGAUCUUCGGUUGCAAGGGUUCCUCCAGCCCCUUCCCCGGUGGCUGCGGUGACAACUCAGGCAAAAAGGAGGCUUCCAUCUGUGGCGACAACACCAUCCAAGUCGACUGGCAUAGCGCCCAGCUCACCUUCAAGAGCUCCGAUGGCCGAGAGGCCAAGUGUGUUCUGAGCACCACCUCCCAGUGGGGUGAGUGCAACACCGACGACCCCAACCAGUACCCCCUUGAGAACGGGGCGAGCGGCCUGUUCGAUGCUGGCAAGAGUGUGCUCUACGGGUUAACGCCGAUCGCUGCUGGUUUGCUUCUGUGAAUUUGAAAACGAAGAAAAAACACGAUCAAGCGCUAGGAACAAUCCGAGAGAGAAAGGGAAAUGUGGGAGGUGCUUUCUGAGG